AGCACAUGCAGACCGCUUGGGCCAGCAGCCACCGCUCCCCUUGUGCCUGACCGAGCAGCGCCCCUUCGCCAGCGUCAUGAACACGUCCGCCUUCCUCGCUCUCCUCGUGAUGACGACCCUCCUGCUGGCGUCUUCUCCCGCCGAGGCGCGCGCCGCCGUCCUCUGGAGGGCCGAGAGGUCGCCUCAAGGGUCAUCUGCGGCUGCGGCGGCGUCGGCUGCGGGCGGGGGAGGAUCGUCCUCCUCGGCGUCAGCGUCUUCAUCGUCCUCCGGAGGACAUGGAGGAUCCUCGUCGUCGGCUGCGGCUUCGUCGUCUUCGUCGGGUUAAAGGGCGUGAAGGAGGAGGAGUCGCUAAAGCAGCUGAAGAAGAAGGAAAAGGAGCUGGAGGACGAGGAGUUCACUAAGCAACAACUUGAUAAACAAGGUCUAGUGGAACCAACAAUGAUAACAACAAAAAAAAUGAAAAGCCGAAUCCAAAAGUCUUGUAUUUAUUCCAUUUCGUUUUGAAUAAAUUAGCGACCAUGA